AUACAAACAGAGUCGAAACUAAAACAACUGAACACCAAACUUAACAAUAACCGGAGUGUGAAAGUGAUAAUUAAAAAGAGAUUCAGAGGAUUAAUCUCUAAUGGCUCACUACAACGGCGAAGUAGAGGUGGAGGUGUCUGUAAAGCCAAGCAGUUUGAGCUCCUCUGCUUCGUUUAAAGCUCGAAGGCCUAAGCCUAAUGAUGAUGUAAUUAAUCUCCUCCACGGCUCCGAUCCCGUCCGCCUUGAACUCAACCGUCUUGAAAAUGAACUCCGAGAUAAAGAUAGAGAAUUAGGAGAAUCUCUUGCGGAAAUCAAAUCCUUAAAGAAUUCAGAACGCCUCAAACACAAAGCUGUGGAAGAGCUAACAGACAAGUUAAACAAAGUGGAUGAGAAGCUUAAAGUGACUGAAGCACUUUUGGAAAGCAAGAAUCUUGAGAUAAAGAAGAUAAAUGAUGAGAAGAAAGCAGCAUUGGCUGCACAGUUUGCUGCAGAAGCCACACUACGCAGAGUCCAUGCUGCCCAGAAAGAUGAUGAGAUGCCUCCAAUUGAGGCAAUCAUCACUCCACUGGAGGCAGAGCUUAAGCUUGCCAGGCUGGAGGCAGCAAAGUUGCAGGAGGACAAUAGGGCACUGGAUCGGCUCACUAAAUCUAAAGAAGCUGCACUACUCGAGACUGAGAGAACUGUCCAGAUGGCUUUGGCAAAAGCUUCUUUUGUUGAUGAUCUACAAAACAAAAAUCAAGAGCUGAUGAAACAGAUUGAAAUAUGCCAGGAGGAGAAUAAGAUUGUAGACAAAAUGCAUCGACUAAAGGUUGCAGAGGUUGAAAAGCUAAUCCAAUCUGUUCGUGAACUUGAAGAAGCUGUUUUGGCUGGAGGAGCUGCUGCCAAUGCUGUGCGUGAUUACCAGCGGAAAGUGCAAGAGAUGAAUGAGGAGAAAAAGUAUCUAGAACGAGAAGUAGCACGUGCUAAGGUUUCUGCAAACAGGGUUGCCACAGUAGUUGCCAAUGAGUGGAAGGAUGGCAAUGACAAAGUUAUGCCUGUAAAGCAGUGGCUUGAGGAGAGAAGAUUUUUUCAGGGAGAACUGCAACAACUUCGAGAUAAACUGGUUGUAGCGGAGCGCACUGCAAAGGCAGAAGCACAACUGAAAGAGAAAUACCACUUACGAUUCAAGGUUUUAGAGGAAAGGCUUAAAGCAUCUAAUGUGAACUCUCGCACUGCCUCUGAAGGAAGAUGUAUAAACAACGGGCUUUCACGAUGUCAGUCUUUCGGUGGAGCUGAAAGUUUUUCCAGAUCUUCGAAUGGCUAUCUAUCAAAAAAAGCAGUGAAUUUACAAACUGGGUCCCUCCGAUCAAAUAGUGCAAUUGCCUUAGUGAGGAAUGCCAAGAUGUCAUCAAGAUCAUUUGAUGGUGGUAGUAGAUCAUUGGAUAGAGGUAAUCUGAUUCCAGUUGCAACUGCAAAAGAUAAUUUUCCCACCAUCACUAAUGAUCAGACCUCAAGUACUGAGAUAACUAUUACACAUGACGAGAGUAUGGAUGGGAUUCUAACUGAAAAAUCAAAAACACAGCUUGAAGAUCAUGUUUCAGGUGUGUUGUAUGAUCUGUUACAGAAAGAGGUAAUAACUCUGAGGAAAGCUUGCCAUGAAAAAGAUCAAAGCUUGAAGGACAAGGAUGAUGCGAUUGAGAUCUUGGCAAAAAAGGUUGACACAUUGAACAAAGCAAUGGAAGUUGAGUCCAAAAAAAUGAGAAGGGAAGUAGCUGCCAUGGAGAAGGAAGUUGCUGCCAUGCGGGUUGGCAAGGAGCAUGAUCAGCGAACAAGGCGCACUAGUGCUCCCAAGGCAGCUGUAACUAGCCCUCAUUUGCUCUCUGCAAGGAAUGCACGAAACUAAUUGGAAAUUGACGUAGGCGUGAUACAUUAGCCAGGAUAUGGCAUGUUUUAAUUCUUUAUUAACUCUUGUAUUAGCUGUCUCAACAAGUUAGUACAUUUGUAAAGAACUUACUCUAGGUUUCUAGGAAAUAUUUGUAUGUAUAUUUAUGUACUAUUAUUGAAAAUCAUUAAAGUCAA